AUGUUUAGCAAAGAGAUUCGAGCGGCGGCUAUCGAGGCCAUCAAGGCAGCAGCCCAAAGAAGAAGGGAGGAGAUGGUUGCAAAAGUUGGUAGGCAGUUGUACGCUCUGUCUGCCGCCCAGAACAGGGCCAACUUGAACUCUUCCGUGGCGUCAUCGCACGCUGUUCAUGGCGGAGAGCAGGAUGCGAACUACGGGGCUUCUGCAAACUCCAAGAAGGAGAAGAAGAAGCGGAAGGAGACGGUCACGUCUCCCUCUUCCACCGACCAGCAGACGACAGAUGAUGCGUCUGUAAUCGGUGAGUUAUUGGACCCCGAGACCGAUACCACCCGCGACUGUCGGGAAAGGGCUCCAUCGGGCCAUGGUGAGCGGCUUAUUGCAUAA